CACAGACACCAAAAACUUCAAGACUAAAGUCACUGGCUCACAAUUACUUGUGAUAAAAAAAAAAAAAAUGUUUUUUUAGUUAUAAUCAGAAUAAAACAUAGUGUUAUAGAACUAGGAGGGGGGGCCAGCUUGUGCAUGAGUUUACAUUUUUUACCUGCAGCCCUACACAUGACCAGGGAGGCGGGGUUCUGCUGGGACACAGCCGGCCCAAACCUGCCGACCUGAGUGAGGAGGAGGACAGCAAAGGAGGGGUAGCCAGAGAGAAGAAAACACCGUCCCCCCAGCUUUGUUUAUCCACCUACAUAUCACACUUUUUAGAGGAGCGCUGGAGGAAGACGCGCCCGUUUUCACGGCAUGUGCGACAUCUGCGCUCCGCGUUCACGAGAGGAGCCAUUCCGGCGCGGCUGAGCGGACGAGGGCUCGCUAACAAGUGAGCUGACAUGGCUGUCUGACAGGCUGCCAAAGAGCUCUUCAUGGAUCACAGUGGACAACAAAGAGAAACUGCUGCAUUUGUGAGCAUAGCCAAUCACUAGAGAAUCUGAUCCAGAAGCAUAUCAUCAGACUGACUUAAGUGCACGUGGCCUUUUCAGUUGUUCAUCAACAUCUGUUGGGCAGCCCAAAGGUUUAUUACUAUGCGCUUGAAACAGAGGGGUAUGAGCUGUGGCGAUGCAAGGAGCAGGCUUUAUUCUUGCAGAACUCUACUUGUGGUGAUGGUGCUUCUGGCCACCCUGGUCCAAGGCUCUGUGCCAGAACAGCAAGAGACACUGGUGGACAUGAUUUCUGUGGAGUUAGAGGCCUCUAUGCAGUCUUCUGUGCUCUCUGAGCUCCAGGCUGCAGCAUCAUCGGUAGAUGAAGGGCCGCCAACAGCUCUUCCAGAUUUCUCUGCAAAGAAUGUGGGAGGGCACACCAACAUCCCCGACUCCUCAGCAAUCGUAGGUCAAGUGUUCCAGCUGAAGGUUCCACCAGGACCUACUCAAGCAAGCUGCAGUGUCCAUCUCACUGAGAUGGGAAAAAAGACGCUACCUUCUUGGCUAUACUGGGACAAAGAAAACUGCAUUCUAAAAGGGUUGGCUCUGGAGCAAGACAGGGGUGUAUAUCAUAUCUUGGUAUCAGGUGAAGAUAUAACUGAGAAGACAAGCAGCCAAAGUUAUCCCAGUACAGCAUUCUCUAUUGAAGUAUACCCAGAAGAACGGGCUGAAACUGAACCCACCCUGCUUCCUCUACAGUCUGAUAUAAGUGGCCUACAACCUUUCACCUGUGGCUCUGAGGAGCCCGUCACUGUUCUCACUGUCAUAUUGGAUGCUGAUUUGACAAAGAUGUUUGCCGAACAGAGGGUCAAUUUGCUGGGUAUUAUGAGAAAAUUCUCCCAUGUGCCCCUGGAGCACAUGAGAGUGGUCCCUGUUGUCAACAACCGCUUAUUUGACAUGUCUGCUUUCAUGGCUGGACCAGGAAAUGCUAAGAAAGUGGUUGAGAAUGGGGCCCUACUGUCAUGGAAAGUUGGAUGUGCCCUGGACUAUAGCAGCAUUCCUGACAUCAGCAGUGUCCAAUCCUCAGCAAAGGAUGGGACAAUGUCAGCCAGGCUGGGUUACCCAGUGGUUGGUUGGCACAUUGUCAACAAAAAACCUCAUGGAUUGAAACGGGUUAGAAGGCAGUUGUACAAUACUCCUACUCCAGUGCCGUCCCUGCUUCCUCCAACUGUUUACCAAGAGCCCUUCACACGUAUUGUUCCUACCCCAACUUCACCCUCCAUUGCUCCAGCAACAGAGUAUCCUGCUCCUCCUGUUCGAGGCCCUUUGCCUCUUCCAGUGAAGCCUACCAUGAGGGUCCGAGAUCAGAUGGCCCAUACACCUGCCUUUGGACCUCCGCAACCCACCAGAGUAUUAGGAACUACAAGCACUGUCUCAAUCCAACCUACCAUGACUCGGCCUACAAUUGUGGAAGCUACUGCUUUGCCAACAACACCGAGCACCACUAAAAGACCCAAACCCUCUACCACAAAGAAACCAAGGAAAAUCAAAAUCUCUACCGCAUCUCCCCGAGAACCAAAAUCAACCACCACCAAACCCCCCAGGCGAACAACCCCACUUUCUCUGGCGCCAGACUUGAAUCAGAUCCCAGAGAUCCGCAACCCCAUUGAUCAAGUGACCGCAUGGGUUGGCACGUACUUUGAGGUUAAAAUUGCAUCCGAUGCAUUCUAUGACAGAGAGGAUGGUACCACUGACAAUCUACGUUUGACUUUGAGGAACAAUCCAAAAGAUGCAGUGAAUGAAACAUCGUGGAUCCAGUUCAAUAGCACUAUCCAGCUUUUGUAUGGUCUUCCGGAGGAGCAGCACGAAGGAACCCAUGAGUAUUUCAUGUUGGCCACUGAUAAAGGAGGGAAAAGCAUCAUGGAUGCAUUUGAGGUCAGAGUCAACCGCUGGUCUAACAGUGACAAACCAUCAGUUGUGUUUGUAGCCCGUUUUCAUGGUGACCCUAAAACUUUAAGCAAUGAUGUCCACAAAAAGAUCCUUUUGACCAAAAAGUUGGCUUAUGCCCUUGGUGAUCGAAAUAGCAGCACAGUGACCCUGAGGAGCAUCACUAAGGGCUCCAUUGUUGUUGAAUGGACCAAUAACAGCCUACAGCAGAGCUUUUGUCCAAAGGAUCAGAUCACAGUUCUCAGUAACAGAAUCUCAGAUCUCCAAGGAACACCCAAACUGGCCUUCAUCAAAGCAAUGGAGCCAGAAUUCAAACCUAUUAACAUCUCUGUUCGUGGUACCAAUGAAUGUCAGCGGUACACAUUCAUCCCACCUGGAGAGAUCUCUGUUCCUGUUAUUACCCCAGCUACACCUGCCCCAGGAACAGGCCGUAGGAGCACUGACGAUGUUUACCUUCAUACAGUCAUUCCCGCUGUUGUAGUGGCAGCCCUGCUUCUCAUAGCUGGGAUCAUUGCCAUGGUCUGCUAUAGAAAGAAACGCAAAGGUAAGAUGACCAUAGAGGAACAGGCCACUUUCAUCAAGAAGGGAGUUCCGAUAAUAUUUGCAGAUGAAUUGGAUGAUUCCAAGUCACCUCCAUCAUCCAGCAUCCCUCUUAUCCUGCAAGAAGAAAAGCCCCCACUUCCUCCUCCAGAGUACCCCAACAUGGCUGGCCCCCACAGCACCCUGCUCAACCAGGAUCUGCUGGAGGAGUACUCGGUUUAUCAAGAUGAUGAUCCAAAUGCCCCACCAUACCAGCCCCCGCCACCAUUUACUGUCCCCAUCGAGGGUAAAGGCUCCCGUCCUAAGAACAUGACGGCAUACAGGUCACCACCUCCCUAUGUGCCCCCCUAAUGCACACUGGAGCUUUCAGCCUGGAAAGCGGGUGCACUGUAGGGAUUCUUCUCAGAAACUACUCCAGGAGUAAUUAUAAUUGUGUUCAAUGAAAUGGCUUUGACUUUGUAGAGGAGCAGGCAACCAUAUAUAUCUGACCAUCAUGGCUAAGACAAUGUUAAGGUACAAUUCUGCUAUUGUCACAUGACAAAUGGAUGGAGAAUAAUUUGUAUUUCCAGCACUUUUUUUUUUCCUCCUGUCCUUCAGAUCUGCUUUUGACUUCUUGCAUUUUCUUUUUUUCUCGUUCUGCCAAGAGGAGUCAUUUUAUCUUCAAUGAUGUACUAUUUCUAUUGUAUAGAAAAUGAUAAAGCAGCAGGAAAGAUGUCCACAAGGCCUUUUGUGCAGAUGUCACCAUGACAACAGACUUAAGGCUCUCCAUCACAAUGUUAAUCUUUAUGAGUUCUAAAUCAUUCUUAUCUGCCCUUGAGCUAGGUUUACUAAGAUUUUGCGCCUGUUAUUUCUAGAGGUGAUGAAAUACAAAGUGGCAAACUGAAAGCAUGAAACAUUUUAUUUACAGAUUUUUUUUUUUUAAUUUUCUCAGGCAUUGAUCUUCCUUGUGUUAGUUUCCUCCCUCUUGACAAUAACAUGCAGACCUUGCACUUAUGCAAAUUCUUGUUAAACCUUGCACUAUGUGUCCUGCACGAUUUUAAAAAGUAAAAUAAAAAAUAAGUGAUAGGCCAGUAAGAAGGGGGAAAAAUAUUUGUUCCUUUGAACUCGCCACAUAACCGAAAUUCUUCUGGUGUUUGAUCACAAAGGUUAUUACUCUGAUCAUGGCUGUCAUAACUGUAGUCUAAUUUCUUUUUAUCUUCUUUUUUUCUUUUCCUUUUGUGCCACUGAAGCUGCCUGUAAGAUGAUUGGUUUUGCUGUUGCCAAGGUGAUGUCUGUGGUCAUAAGGCAAACCUUAUAGGGUUGCUACAACACUGACAAAGGGGCCAUUGGAAUGCUGUGGUUCACAGCAGGCUGAGAAUCUUUUAAUGAAGUGGAUCCACCGUCUUGUGUUCAGUUGGUUUUAAUGGCGUGAGGGGUGGGUGGGCAUAGAGUACUGUAUUAUCACUGCUCUGUUUCUAGGUGUUGCACUGCUAGGUUUAGUGCACCGCCUGUUGUCAUUUCAGAUGAGGCAUGGGGUACACGGGGAUGUACAUAUUGUGUGCCUGUGAAAUCAAACAACUUCAUGAUGUUAAUGUUUUAUCAGUAAACUUAGUUGGGAAGGGGGGCUGAGUGGGGGGGAAAAAUGAUUUUAUUUUUCAAUUGUAUGUCUAGAUUUAUGAUCACAGUCCAUAAGAAAAAAAUAAAACAAAAAACUUAUAGUUUGUGAGGGUAUAAAAGAUUGUUUACUUGACCAUCACAGAAAACGUUAUGCAUCAUCUCAGUGUGAUGGGGGAACAAAUAAACCACAACAAUAUGUGAAUUAUGUACAUUUCAUAUCUGAUAUCACCAUAAGAAAAAUGGUUAAAAAAAUCUAAUGUUUUUACUGAGUUUUUGAUACAGUCUUAAACUUGUUUUAUGAAAAUGUAUUAAUAAAAUGUAAUACUAUUUGUAAAGCC